AUGCCCGUCAGUAUUGCUGACCCGCCGCCGCACAUAGAGAAGAUGAAGGCGGCAGCGUCGGACGCGGCGGCCACCCAACGCAACGCCAUCCCGUUCAACGACGCCAUUAAUGGCCAGGAGCUUCGUGGCCGUGAAUUAAUCUCAACCCCGAGCCGCCGACAGUGGCAGUCCUGUCUCGAUAGCUCUGGCGAUGAAUAUUGUUGCCGCAACCAUGGUGGUUUUGUCCGCCGUGAAAGUGGAGCUCGUCAGAUGCGGAACUCUGAUUUUACUGAUUAUCGUGUAUCCUCCGCUGUCGGGCAAUUAUUUACUUCCAUCAUGAAGUACUUGGAAUAUACUCCUCUGGACCGAAUAAAUGAUUUCUUGAACCAUGUAAAUCUUGGAGAACGUACUAUCAAAGGAUGCCUGGAAGCUUACUCAUGCAAACAUACAGGAACAGAUAAGAAGCUGUCUCUCAGCCUGGAGAAUGAGAUUCUUGAUCACCUUGCAAAGUCAUCCGAUACUGACUCCUCACCAAUUGAAUAUCUUUUUAGUAGAUCGAGCCGGAAGACACUGGUUUAUCUUCUUUUAACUCUUCAUCACAUGUAUCCGGACUACGACUUCAGUGCAGUGAAAGCUCACGAGUUCUUCACAGAAGAAAGCUGGGACAGUUUUAAGCAGAUUUUCGAUGUUUAUAUGUUUGAAGCCUCAAAGGAGUGGCUCGAGGAGAACGAAGGAGGAUCCCUACUUGAGGCCUUGUACAAAGCCUUAGAUGAGGUUGUAAAACUAUCAGAAUGUGAAGUUUACAGUUACAACCCUGAGGCUGAAGCAGAUCCACUCCUUGAGAAAAGAGCUAUAUGGUCAUAUCAUUUCUUCUUCUACAACAGAAAGCUUAAGCGUGUUGUAAGCAUUCGUUUUAGCUGCUCAAGCAACUUGAUGAGUGAAGGCUUUUAUGACGACGAGUUGAGUCAGGAGGAUGAAGUUGUUGGGUAUUUUCCCGUCGAAGGCCUGCUCGAAGCGCCGUCAAUCUUUGGAGGUAACAUGCAGCCAGGUAGAGUCCAAAAAGCUCCCGGUCAGUCUCGGGCUCAUCCUGGUUGGUCCCGAACAGCAGCCAAAGCAAGCUUGGACAGCUACCGAGCGAUCCUCGACAGCGCUAAACGAUGUCGGACAACACCUCGUAGUCCCUAA